AUGAAUAAUGAAAAUAUAUCAAAUUUUGAUACCAUACCAAUAGACUUAUUUAUACCUGAUAAAAUAAAAUUAGCUACAGUUGUAAAAAAUGAAUUGAGUACAAGUUUCGGAGAAGUCACAGCCGAAUGGGUGGAUUGUCCCGAUUUGACUCAGGAACCUUUCAAUCUUGCAGCACCGGGACUUGGUGGGGAUGCAACACUUUUGGAUAUCGGUGGUACUGCAAACAUUUUCCCAUUUCGACAACUCAAAAUAUAUGAUUUCAAAAAUAUUUUAAACCAGUUGAAUCGUAGCCAAAAUAAUAACUUUAUUAUCGGAGGAGGUCUUUCUACACAGCCAAUGACUUUGAAUUAUGGCCACCUCAUUAUGAAUGGAACAUUUGCACCAGUAGCGAAUGAAAUAAUAGCGGUCAGUAAUAAAAGUCGUUUCGCAUUCAGAAAUAGAUUUAAUGAUCAAGGUGAAGAAGAGCAGUUUGCAUUGGAAAUCUUAAAUAAUCCUUUUUCUAAGUGCCAUAUGUACGGUAAUUUCUUCGUCAGCCAAGGCUUGAGAGAACAAGUUCUCAAAGUAGAAGCCAAGGAGCGCACCGGACAUGAUUUUAUAGAGGCGAUACAGCGUGGAAUUAGCCGAAUAUUUCCUUCUAAAUUAUUUUCAAAUCUCAUUGUCGUACAACUUUAA